AUGGUGGAGUGGCUGUUGGGCCAGGGCGCCGACGUCAACCUGCGUACCAGCGAGAGCUCGCCGCUGUUUGGGGCGUGCCUGGCAGAUGACGCCGACAUGGCGCGGCUGCUGCUCGACAAAGGCGCUGUGGUGAAUGAAGUGUGCCACGGUGUGUGGACGCCGCUGCAUGCCGCGUACCAGAGCGGCGCCGUGACGCGGCUGUUGCUGGACCAAGGCGCCAACGUCAACACCACAAACUCGGCCGGCUGGACGCCACUGCACAAGGCCAUUGACAAGGACAAGCUCGACAUUGCCCGCUUCCUGCUCAAGCGCGGCGCCAAUGUCAACCUCGUCGCCCGCAGCACCGACGCCCCGCUGCAUCUGGCCUGCUCCAAGGGCUCUCCCGCCCAAGUCCGCCUCUUGCUCGACGCU